AAGCGCAAUAGCACGCCGAGAAGCUGCGCAUGCGCAUUAUCGCGCCCGAGAGCGCGGCGUCUCUGAAGGGCUGCAGGGAGAAAUCGUGUUUGUUUGUUUAUCCAUUUAUUUGUUUGUUGUUGCUUUUAGUGUCAGGGAAAUUCCGGUUCUUGUUGGGAUCAGAGAGCGUGUCUUGGACUAAGAUGGAAAAUGAAGAUGGGACAAUGCCGAAGAGCCAGGACUCGGUAGUAAAAAGGUCGGGACGAACAACUCUGUUGGACAGUGGGGAAGAUUUUGAGAUGCUAGAGGACGGAGUUGAUGAUGGAGUGGAUGAUGAUCCUCCCCCUUUAGAAGAUGCUGAUGAUGGAAAGAAAGAAAGUCAUCAGGCAGAUAAAAUGGUGAAGGAAACCACAGAGCCCGGUCAGACCACACCCCUGGAAGAAUGGCUGAAUGUCUUGGGAAACGGGCAGCUGAGGAAGAAAGUUUUAGAAGUGGGGUCCGGUCUUGACACUAAACCUCAGAGGGGACAAACAGUCACUAUUAAUCUCAAAACCACCCUGACUGAUGGAACAAUUGUAGAUGAGGAGUCCAACAAGUCCUUCACGCUUGGUGAUGGUGAUGUCAUUCAGGCAUUGGAUCUCACUGUGCAGCUGAUGGAGAUGGGUGAAAAGGCUCGGAUUGAAACAAGUGCCAAAUACGCAUACGGAGCACUGGGGAGCAUUUCUGCUCCUGCUGUGCCCCCGAAUGCUGAUUUGAUCCUGGAGGUUCAUCUCCUGUCUGCUGUUGAAGCCCCUGACCUGGAGCUCCUGCCCCCCUCUGAGAGGAUCAGUCUGGCAAGCAAGAAACGAGAGCAGGGCAAUGUUCACUACCAGCGUGGAGAUUACGCUUUCGCUAUUAACUCCUACGGGAUCGCCCUGCAGAUAACAGAAGCAAGUUCUAAAGUGGACAUCAGCCCACAGGAAGAAGAGGAAGUGCUGGAUGUGAAGUUGAAAUGUCUAAACAACAUGGCGGCCGCUCAGCUCAAGCUGGACCACUACGACGCUGCACUGCGCUCCUGCGUCUCUGUUUUAGCUUACCAGCCUGAUAAUAUCAAAGCGUUGUUUCGUCAGGGCAAGGUUCUGGCACUACAAGGAGAGUACGCUGAUGCAAUUAAAAGUUUGAAAAGAGCUUUGAAGUUGGAUCCAAGUAACAAGACCAUCCACGCAGAGCUGUCGAAGCUGGUGAAGAAACACUCGGAGCAGAGGGGCGCUGAGCAGGCGAUGUACAAGAAGAUGCUUGGAAACCCACCUGACAUCAACACUGUACAAAAAGCCCAGGCCAAAUCCCCAUGGAGUAUAAGCUGGAAGUGGUUGUUUGGUGCUACUGCAGUUGCUAUUGGAGGCGUGGCCUUGUCCGUGGUCAUCGCUGCUAGGAAUUAAAUCCGCGCGUUCCGGAUGCUAGAAUAAACGUGAUUUUAGGUACGCUAUUGUCCGUUUAUAGUACUUUCUGUUUUCUGUCACAGAAUGUAAUGUUAAUUAUUAGCAAAGGUUUCUUUCAGUGCAUGAAAUGUGAGAAAAUGCUGAUCUAUGAACUGAUAAAUUAUUACAUCUCUACAUUAGCAAACUUGCCAUUUUGUUGUGAAAAUGAAGCAGUUAAUCUAUACCUUCAUCAUGGUUAAAGCCUCCAGUGCGUAACCUCGUCUGUACAUUUACACCUCCUUGGCUGCCGGUUAUGUUUUACGAAUCAGCGGUCGCCAAAACGUAUGCUGCUAGCUUGUAUUCCUACAUGGCUCAACUCUAAGCAAUUACAUGUGCAACCAUAGACUGAUAUUUGCUUGUUGCAGUUUUCUUCUGUGUUUAACCAUCCAGUCCACUGUCUAUUUAUUUGGGCUUUAUUGCAUUUAGCAGCAACCUCACCUUAAAAACUUUGACCAAACACUGUAUGGAUUUUACAGGAAGAAAAAAAAAAAGUCCAACUUAAUCAAAUAACACUUUAUUGAUUUCUUUUUUUUGUCUGAAUAUGUAAAUGGUAUUUAUUUUAAAUAUUUCACUUCCUUUUCUAAUAAUAUAUAUAAACAGCUUGGUUCCUCGUUUGGUUUUGAAACUAACAUUCCUGAUAUUUCUUUGAUUUUUGAAAUAAACUUUUGCACAUUUAGUUUAUUCCCCUGUGGUGUUCCAUGACAA